CUUUUGUCUCCAGAUUAUGUUCCUUUGGUGGUCACGAAUGCAGAUAUCAAACUGGCGAGUGUUGCCUGGGGAUUCACGCUCGGGGUUGGAGCCCUCACUUGCUGGAAAGCGCUCAAGCAAACUCAACGUGUUGUGGCUACGAAACGCUUCCGCUCCGCUUAUGUCUGGAUGAUCUGGGGUGAAAUCCUUGCCUGCUUAACGUUCAGUAUAAUCUGCUGGCUCCACUUGAAUGGGAACAUCCCUCCCAGCUUCGGAUUCUACUUUGCUAUUUUAACGUGCUGGUCCUUACAAGUCCAACUCCUUCUGCAAAUCAUCAUCAACAGAAUCGCCAUCAUCGACAACAAUGUUCAGAGAAUUCGGACCUUGAAGUACAGCGUUGCCGCAAUUGUCACUGCAAUCAACAUUUCUGUGUACUGCAUAUGGAUCCCUGCGCGUCUUCAAAUAUCGCCCGAGUACAUUCGAAUCAAUAGCAUUUGGGACCGAUGCGAGAAGGUUCUGUAUUUGGUUGUAGAUGCAUCACUGAAUUGGAAAUUCAUAUACACUGUCCAGAAGAACUUAGUGAGGAUGGGUUUGGAGAAAUAUCGGAGUCUUAUGCAUGUGAACAUUGCCAUUGUGCUACUAUCACUGUCUAUGGAUGUUUUAAUCAUUGGAAUGAUGAGUCUGAAGAACACCUUCGUAUAUUGCCAAUUCCACCCCCUCGCCUACAUCGUCAAGCUCCACAUCGAACUACACCUCGCCGAACUAAUAGCCUCCAUCGCCCAGCGAAAAGAC